AUGGGCCGCGAUGGUAGGAAGUGGGAGUGGCCGAAGCCUGCCGAUGAAGAGGUCAUCGACAGGCUCGCCGACUGCGAUUCACCCCUUCGAGAUAAAGUGCCCGACGUUGUCCGGGACGGGGAUGCGGGCUCCAGCCUGCUUGCAAUGAGCGCGAUGUGCUGGGUGGUGAGGAGGUUGGAACUUCUGACCGGCGACCUCCGUCGCAGUGAGACCAGCAUGGACAAGGUCAACGUUUCGGGGUUGAAGGCGCUGCAGAAUGGGAUGAUAACGUUCGUCAAGGAGCACGUCGCCCGGAAACGGGCGGGCCUUGUCGGAAUUGCGGCCGACGCUUGUGACGACGACGACGAGGAUCCCCCUUCGACAUCCCAAGCAGUAGGUGUCGCCCACACCGUUGACGAUGCUCGAGGGAAGACGCUCGGAGAGCCCGGAGGCGGCGUCGACAAGGCAGAUGAGGAGGCAGGAAGGGCGGUGACUGGGACCGCGGAGAAGCACCAGGACGACAACGGGGAUCGGGAAGAGGAGGAUGAUAACGACGGUCAGGAAGAUGAGGACCAUGGGAAUCGUGAGGAGGUAGAGGAGGUGGAGGAAGAGGAGAAGGAGGAAGAGGAGGAGGAGGAGGAGGAUGAGGGGGGCACGGCGGAGGAGGAGGAUGAUGAGGGGGGCUUGGCGGAGGAGGAGGAGGCGGAUGUCGGGGAGGCGGAGAAGCAGCAAGAGGGGGAGCAGGAGGAAGAGGUGGAGUGGGAGAUAAUGGAGGAGGUGGUGGAGUACGACGACGGAGCGGCGAAAACGGGUGGGAGGUCGGCGGAUGCUGUGAACGGGAGAGGGGAUGAUGACGACGAGGAGAAAGUCGGCGUGGAGGCGGCUCCCGGGGGGAGUGAGAAGGUCGUGGUCGGCGAUGUGGUUGGCGACAUGAUGGAAGCUGUCGACCUUGAGGCCGGUGAUGAAGGGGAUACCGCAGUGGCAACGAAGCAGACGGGCAUGGAAGGGCCUACCGAGGCCAACGCGGGGGAGCGGUCAAGGAAGAAGAAGGCGGCGCGUGGUCACCCCAGUUCCUCCGAGUCAGGUCGGCAGGCACCGCUGGACGUCGUCGAGCAGCUGCGAGCGGAGAACAUGAGGUUGAGGGCCGACAAUGCACGCCUGCACAAGUCGCUCGGUGACCAGACGGGACGGGUCGACAUCUUGGCGAAGGCUGUAGCUGGACUCCUCGACAAGCUCACGGCGUUGACAGCCCAGGUCGCCGCCACCGAUCAGAAUGCGGCAAAACGUAUCGAUGUCGCCUGUUCGGCCAUGUCAACCACUAUUGCCGACAUCAUCACCGACAACAUCUCUGAAGCCAUCGACGCUAUGAAGUCGGUCUCACGAAGGGUAGUGGACUGGUUGAAGGAUAUUGACGGUCCCCAAGGAACGAUGGCAGUCGAACGCGCAAAAGCGGUAACCUGUGUGGUCGAGCACCAGGCGGCUGUGUGGAAAGGCUUGGAGGAGACCAUCAUCAGCCACAUUGGCGCCGCGCAAACCAACAUUGCCGCCGCGGUUUCACGCGACAUCGUCCUGCCGCCCCCGCCACCUCCUCCUCCCGCCCCAACUCAAGCCAUCCCGGAAGAGUUCCUUAAGGCGUUCAAGGACGACGUGCUGAAAGCGGUGAUGGAGGUCACACAGCAGUCGUUUGUUGCGUCCGGGCUGAAGGUAAUAACCGAGAUGAUCGGCAAUGUGGCGCCUGGUCGACGUGGGUCGUCGCCGUCGGCCAACGACGCCGGCCAGACGCAACGACAGGAUGCUCAAAAACAGGGUCAGAAGAGGGGGGCCGGAGGCGGCGGGGGAGACGGAGGCGAUUCAACGAGUGUUAAGCGGAGUAAGGGAGUCGAUGGAAGCCGCGGCGUCGGCGUGGUGGGUCCUAGCGGCUCGCGGACUCAAGGUCAGAGCGUGGUCGACCAGCUCAAGAAGAACGGGGCCGAGGUGAUAAGGUCGCACCGCAAGGGCGAUGGAAUCUGCAGUGCAGAUGGGGGUCCUGCCGACGAGGUUGCCGCUCAAACCGCUAGACCAACAGCCCCGCCCUUGGUCGCCGACAAUGAGAUUCCUACCGCUCAAACCGCGGUAGAUGGCGGCGCCAAAACCGUCAAGGGACCGUCUGUUGGGGUGGCGGGGACAACGUCGAUUCCCCGUAAACCACCUGCGGCCGCCAGCGCGCCGGUCGGCCAGUCAGCCGCCAACAACGAUGGGCUGGCCCUUGCGCCUACUCAAGCUCCAGCAGACCGUUCUGCCGCCAAGGGCGACGCGAAGGAGGGUGCGGCUAACCGCGUUGCUCCGGCUGCCAAUAAGGCGAGCUCGCUCAGGGAAAUGCUCCACCGUAUGGAGGCCCAUCGCAAGGACGUGCAUCAGCCUCCCGUGGUCGAUGCCGCCCCUCUCGAAACAGCACGGCCAUCGGUCACACCGCAGGUCGCCGCCACAACGUCAAACGCCCCUCCUACCGCGCCUCUGGUUGCCGCCCGUCCUCCCGCGGACCCAAAAUCCGCAUUGCUUCGCGCCCGGUUAGGCGCACGUAGUGCGGCAGCGCCAACACGGACUCAACCGAAGGCCGGCUCAAGCGCGACGCCGACGUCGAUUGGCAUUGUUGCUCCCACACCCGGUGCAGCUGUUGUCGAUGCGGCGGCGGAGAAGGGCGUGAGUGCAGCGCUAGCCACUGGUGGCGGAGGGGGUGACCCAACACAGGCGGCGAAAGGCCACAACGACGCCGACCUCGCUGCCAUGCAGGACCUGUUGGAAGUGGUGCAUCGCCCCGGGCCCCCCCCGGCUCUGGCCAUCUCAGACACGGCGCAUGUGGAGCCCUCGGCGUGUCCCCCAGGUGGUUCAGCGAUGCCAAGGACGACCACUGUGACUGUCGGCGACGGAAAGGCGAAGCGGAAGGGGAAGGCUGACACAGGGAUAGGGAGGGCGAGCUCUCAGAGGAAAACACGGGCGAAGUCGGCGGAGGAGGAAAAUCAAGAAGAGAAGUCGGCGGGCGAGGGCACGUCGACAAAGAAAGGGAAGGAGAAGGCGGCGGAGAAUCGGGAGGAGAAGGUCGUGGUCGGCGAGGGUAAGUCGGCGAAGAAAGUGAAGGAGAAGGAGGAGAAGAAGAAGAGGGAGCAGGAGGAGAAGGAGGCGGAGGAGAAGGAGAAGGGACGGAAGGGUCAUGGCAUCCGCCACGAUAGUUCGGGCGAUGGGUUAGGGUGGGUGGGCGAGAUUAAGGUGCUCAAUCACAAUCGAUACAUCGGCAAGUCGCGCGAGAAGAUGGAGCUGGCGUACCUGCACUCGAUUGCGUACAUCGUCUACGACGGUUAUGUCAGCAAGGUCCUCAUGGACGAGCUCACCGGCUUGAGGGAUACCGAGAUGGAGGAGUGGAGGAGGGUGUGGGAGGAGGUCAGGAUCCUGCCGACAGGGAUGUGGACGGUGAUAUGGGCACGGGGCGCGUACCUUCCACAAACACGGUUCGAUGAUAUCCUCAGCAUGUAUCGAGCGUACAAGAGCUCAGGCGAUGCGCACCACGACGCGCUCUUGCCGACUACCUGGUUCCCCGUCGACGCCGACACGAAAGAAGGCCAGGAGAAGGCGGAUGCUAUGAUGUCGGCCAUGAUUGGUCGCGUGUCCAUGUGCGCGGCGUAUGGGAAGGUCGCUGCGAGUGCGGCGAAGAAGACGGAGCUGGUGGCACAAGCAUGGGCGGCAUCGGCUUGCGCCUUGUGGUGCUUUGUCGAGAACGAUGACGCAGAGGUGGUCGAUGCUGUGGAGGAGGGGAAGGCGGCAGCGAUGCUGGUCGGUGCGAGCGAGACGACCGCAGGUGUCUUCAAGGAUGUCAUGCAGGCGGUGCUUCAGGCCGAGAUCGACAGGGAGCAACCUCUCGGGGAGGUCGCGCACAACGUCGCGCCGGCGUUGCAGAACCAUGGCGCUCUGGGGAAUGUGCCCCGUCGCCGGGCCGAAACUCGAGGAGGUCGGCAUCGUGGUGCCGUGUGA